AUGAAGCUUCUCGAAAGCAGUGACGUUGUUAAGUUCCCAGAAGGCGUCACCUUCACCGUUAACAACCGUCUGGUUCAGGUUACUGGACCUCGUGGAAAGUUGGCCCGUUCUUUCCGUCACUUGGGUGUUGAGAUCUUGAGAGAAGGUAAGAGCACUCUCCGUGUUCGCAAAUGGUUCGGAAUCCGCAAGGAGUUGGCCGCCAUCCGCUCCGUCUGCUCGCACAUCGAGAACAUGAUCAAGGGAGUCACCAAGGGGUACAUCUACAAAAUGAGAUCUGUAUACGCUCACUUCCCCAUCAACAUUUCUCUUCAAGAAAACAACUCAGUUAUUGACGUACGUUUUUCAAUGUUAUUGUUGGUUUUUAGGUUUUUUAAACACAUUUUUAUGUUUUACGAGGUAGAAGAACAUGAUGUGAAAUUUUAAUAAUUUUAUAUGUUUACUUUUAAUAGAAACAAUUAUGAUUUAUCGUUUUUUUAUAACUAUUUGCUUAAAAUUUAAUUUAUUUUGGUGUUUUCCAGAUCCGUAACUUCUUGGGUGAAAAGCUGAUCAGACGAGUAACGUUGCCAAAGGGUGUCACUGCUACCAUGUCUACCAAGCAAAAGGAUGAACUUAUCAUCGAAGGAAACGACCUCCAACUGGUUUCUCAAGCCGGUAAGCUUUUUUAGAUAUAUUUAUUAGAUAGUAUAGUUUUAAAUAGGUUUGUGUUUGUAUAUAAUUCUUUUUCAUUUUUGUAACGGCAUAUUACAACACAAAGUAAGAGAAUGUUAAUCUGAUAUUUAAAAAUGUUAAUAAUUGACUAAUUUCAGCUGCCAGCAUUCAACAGUCCACCAACGUCCGAAACAAGGAUAUCAGAAAGUUCUUGGAUGGUAUCUACGUGUCAGAAAAGACCACUGUUGUCCAAGAAUAA